GUAAAUUCUAAUUAAUGUGUUGGGAUAUUAAACUUAAUUUAUAUAUUUAUCAAAAUCUUUGAUGCUACAAAAGAUACUUGCAGCAAUUUGCAUACUGCAAAAAUGUCUCUUAUAGGAAUUAGGCAAAUAAUACCAGCAGCAACAAAAUAUUUUCGGUAUCCACUAACAAUAGGAACAUUUCAGUACUGCACUAGAACUACGUCCGAUCCCAGUAAUGUUCUAAAUGAUCUAACAGAUUGGGAGACACUGAACAAAAAGAAAAAGAUAAGUAAGGCCAUGAAAGCUUAUUUAGAGAGAGCAAAAGAACAUGACGAGUUUAUGAAACGACAACAAUUUGAAUAUAACAUCGGAAAACGACAUCUUGCGAAUAUGAUGGGCGAAGAUCCUGAAUUGUUUACUCAAAAGGAUGUAGAGCGCGCUAUAGAAUAUCUAUUCCCCAGCGGUAUUUACGAUCCUGCCGCACGACCAUCGAUGAGGCCACCAGAAGACGUCUUUCCCGCUCGCAAAGCCGCUGAAUUCGACGAAGCUGGAAGACCUCACCAUUGUUUGUUUUAUACUGGAAAACCAAAUUUCUUUAAACUACUUCAUGACGCUGCCGACCAUUUACAACAACUUUACAAAUAUGAAGACCAAGUUAUUAGAAAGAAAGCAACUCCUGAUCCAAAUGGCAAUUUACAACUCGGGGGUAGUAUGUGGGUGAAUAAAGAUCAACUUGAGCAGUUGUUAGUUGAAAAGAUUUCUGAUUUAGAAUAUGACAAUUUCAAAGUGGUCAUGGAAAGAUUAGUCUCACUGCCAUAUUCUUACAGAUAUAAAGAUUUUAUUGAAAAAUUUAGGAAGCCCCUUGCUGUACAAAAGUUUGCUUUAGAAAUUCCAAAACCUAAUUAUGACGAAGAGGGAAGAGCCUAUAUUACAACUUAUGAGUGUUUAAGGAAAAAGGCUAGAGGGGAUGUAACCAUAAGAUCACCAGGCACAGGCAAAAUAACAAUUAACAAAAAAGAUAUCACAUAUUUUGAUGAUGUUCAGUCGAGAGAACAAGUGUUGUUCCCGCUAAUAUUCACUGGUAUGCAAAACCGUGUGGAUGUGGAAUGUAAUGUAGAAGGUGGUGGACCUUCCGGCCAAUCUGGAGCCAUUAGAUGGGGUAUAGCUUGGGGCCUCCGUAGUUUUGUUGACAAAGAUAUGCUACAGCAAAUGCAAGUGGCAGGACUAUUAACUAGAGAUCACAGGAGGCGUGAACGUAAGAAGCCUGGUCAACCUGGAGCAAGGAAGAAGCCAACAUGGAAAAAACGCUAAUCUAUGUAUUGUAGAUAAAAUUACUAUAAACCUACAAUAAAAAUUAUAGAA